UGCACGCACGUAUUUGGUAGGCCUCGAUGUGACGACAAAAAUGAACUCCGGAUUGCCCCAGUUUCACCGCCUGGUCUCGACUUCGACUUGAUCUCUCCGCCGCAGUAACCCUUGUUUCUAUAAUCGAUCCCAUAUUGCUUGGAUCGUCGUCCUCGCGAUUCUUCGCUUUUCCCCGGUUUCUUCCCUCUCCGACCGUUUUCGGCCACCCGGAGCGAAGAGGAACUGAAAUCGAUCCUUUUAGGGUUUGAUCGGAAGAUGGAACCGAUGGACAUCGUCGGGAAGUCGAAAGAGGACGUAUCGCUCCCGAAAUCAACAAUGUUCAAGAUUAUAAAGGAGAUGCUACCACCUGAUGUUCGUGUAGCUAGAGAUACUCAAGAUCUUCUCGUGGAAUGUUGCGUAGAAUUUAUCAAUCUUCUAUCUUCGGAGUCCAAUGAAGUAUGUAAUCGAGAGGACAAAAAGACAAUUGCACCAGAGCAUGUGCUCAAGGCUUUGGAGGUUCUUGGCUUUGGUGAAUACAUUGAGGAGGUUUAUGCUGCAUACGAACAACAUAAGCUUGACACCCUUGACUCACCUAAAGGUGGUAAAUUUAGCGGUAUCGAGAUGACAGAGGAAGAAGCAUUGGCAGAGCAACAGAGGAUGUUUGCCGAGGCGCGUGCUAGAAUGAAUAAUGGAGUUAGCAUUCAAAAGCAGCCAGAGGCUGACAACAAUCUGGAAAGCUGAUGAUGGAUCCUGAUAUUUUAUGAUUGUGCCAAACAUCCUCUAGAGUUGCACAAUCGAAACGAUGACAUUCUAAUGAAUGGCAUGUUGUAGAUGGAGCUAUUAACUAUGACAGCAUUGCCUGAUAAUGUAGCCGUACAGUUUAUGGAAAAGCAGAAUGCUAUAGUGUUUUUUCAUGGAGAUAUAGAAGCUACAUUUGCCAA